AUGCUGGCGGAGCUGAUGCCGUCGAGGCUUCAGGCGGUUUGGUCCGCCGAGCCCCUGCGGGGUGAAAUGGGCCCGGGCUUUGCCGACACCUGCCACCGGGCCUUGCUCACAAACCACCGCCCGGAGCCGCUCUGCUCGGCGGCGCUGCUGCGGGCGGGCGCCCAGCUGCUGAGGGCGGGCGUGAGGCCCUCGAGCCGGGCCUUGCUCCGCUCGCUGGCCCAGCGCGCGGCCCUCGCACAGGCCGCAGAUGCUUUCGACGAUGAAGCGGAGGAGGAAGCCCAGGAGCGACAAGCGGCCCGGUGCGUCCUGUCAGAGCUGCUGCGCGGGCCACUGCCCAAAGACUUGCGGGAAUCAUUGCAAGAACUUGCCGCUCGCCCAACAGAUGAGGCGCUGGAGUCCGACUUGAUCGAGAGUUUGGGGCAAGUCAAAGGUCCGGCGGCCGCCAGUGAGGCCUUCAGGCGCUGUGGCGUGAAGGACGCGGGCAACGAUGCCGAGAGAAGGCUGCGCGCCUGCACCCGCCUCUGCUGGGCGAGUCUGGGCUUGGCAGAAGAGUACGUGGCGACCUUGCGAGGAGACUGCUCAGCACCAAGCCCGAGUUGCAACGCGAGGUGCUGCGGCAACUCCGGCGGAUGCUGCUAG